AUGUCGGACCCCGAGCUCCUAGCUAAAAUCAUCUAUUUCGAGGAACAGGCCCUUCUCAACCUUUCAGACGAUGAGCUAUAUAUCCCUGACGAAAGUGUGCUUAACCUUGAACGUGCACUGGAAGAAUCAAAACAUAUACUAGUAACCUCACUACCGAGCCGUUCGGGCAGUUUCAAUGGACCAACACCUCGAGAAAUGCAGGCACAGUUCGAGGAGCAUACAGAGAGACGGCGCACUUCUAAUCGGCAAAUUAAUCAAAAGUUAAUUCGGUCGACUACGGUACCACCAACCGAACCCGCCAAGAGCGUCCAAAUUCCCAAGUCACGCAACGGUCCUAAUGUAGGUACAGAUAGUGGCAAAAGUCGUUUGAAGAGGACGAUAUCUCUGUCCCAAAUAUUCCACAAAGAAUGUACUCCUUUUUAUAAACGCGCGGGCGCCAUUCCUCAUGAGCUCAAAAAUGGAAAAAUUGUGAAGCCUGCCGAUAAUAUCAGGCUCUUCCCUGGAAAUAAGCAAUUGCUCAAAGAGAAGAUCGUCUACUUCUACCCUAAUGAUGAUAUCUCCAUGGCACGACGAAGACGCAUUCACAAGGUCAUUCAGCUUGGUGCUGCAUGGGCGGAUAAAUGGAGCGAUAGUAUCACACACGUUAUGUUCGAUGAUGGGACGUACACAUAUACUCAAUUGGUGCGGCAUCUCGGCAGACCAAUAUCUCCAAACGUUGUCGUGGUCAAGUUCGAUCCAUAUGUGCCGCAAUGUAUUAGUCGUGGGCAGCUCUUAGAUCCUACCGUUUCAUACUUUGCUGUAAAAGGUACCCAAGGAGUAAGCGAACUUGAUCAAGGACCAGACCUCUCUUAUACAUCAACUACGUCGCAAAACUCGCUACAGAUAAAAUCCUCACAAAGAAAGAAAGCGACACAGGAGACACAAAAGACCGACUCUCAUCCCACGGAAGAAAGUGUACCUUCCACUCAUCCCUAUACAGAUGCAGCGCCCUCAAGUCCUCUCGAAGAAACAGUAGAAGAUAGCUUCAUCAUGUCCUCUCCAGGGGCUGCUAUAGUCUCCGAGGCUAGAUCCCUCGCGUACCUACCCAUUGAUGAAGAUGAAGAAAUGGAGCAACUUAGUUCAACAUCUGUGAACACUAUAGAGAACUCGAACAUGGAUCAAGAGCUAUUGCCAAUGGGUACUGAUUACCUCAAGAGGCUCAAUGUUUUGUCAAAAGUAUCAGCGUUGCGCGACAAGAAGUCAUUCAAUAUGAACAGUUUUCAAUGUAUGGAUCCAAGUUCCAGUAGCCAUAUUUCAUGGAACCCAAACGCCCGAACAAUCCAGAUACUAGAAGAGAUGUGCAAGUAUUACGAUAGUAUGCAGGACCAAUGGAGAACCCUAAGCUACCGAAAAUGCGUUGCCACUCUGAAGAAACAAACGGUCAAGAUCACUACUGCAGAACAAGCCGCAAAACUGCCUUCUAUCGGUACACGCCUUGCCACAAAAAUCGAAGAAAUCGUGCUCACAGAUCGCCUCCGACGACUCGAAAGUACCCGUCACAACCCCCAGGACGUAUCCUUACGUUUGUUCCUCAGUAUUUAUGGCGUCGGCCUUGCCCAUGCCAACAAAUGGAUUCAAGCCGGCCACCGCACCCUCGACGAUCUCAAGACCAAAACCACCCUCUCUGAAAACCAGAAGAUCGGACUCGAACACUACCAUGAUUUCAACUCCCGCAUCCCACGCGCCGAAGUCGAAGUUCACGGCGCUAUAGUCGCCGCCGCACUUAAAGAAAUCGACCCAGAAUUCAGUGCAACGAUAAUGGGAAGCUACCGCCGUGGAGCACAGGACUCGGGCGACAUUGAUAUCAUGCUAUCACGACCCAACAUGUCACCUACCGCUAUGAGCACUACCGUCUUCGAAGUCCUCAUUCCACACCUACAAAAGACUGGCUUUCUCAAAGCCUCGCUAACGUCAUCCCGUUAUAGCGACUCCAGCAGCUCAAAAUGGCACGGCGCAUCCUGUCUCCCUUCCUCCACCGUCUGGCGCAGAAUAGACUUCUUGGUCGUCCCGGAGCAGGAAAUGGGUGCCGCACUUUUGUAUUUUACCGGAGAUGAUGUUUUCAAUAGGAGUAUGAGGUUGUUGGCACGGAAGAAGGGUAUGAAGCUUAAUCAGCGGGGGUUGUAUACGGAUGUUUUGAGAGGGAGGAAGGGUGAGAAGUUGAAUGAUGGGGUGUUGAUUGAGGGGAGGAGUGAAAGGAGGAUUUUUGAGAUUUUGGGCGUGCCGUGGAAAGAGCCGGGGGAGCGGAUUUGUUAG